UGUAUCCUCAGCAAAGUUUGAACAUUCUGUCUUGACGUUGCAAUUCCUUCCUUAUUUCACCUUUAGGAAUGUGUUUCAUUCUAACCAGGACUUAUUGCUUGAUAUACACACCCAGUUUUAUGAAAUAAAUUUAAGCUUAAAACUUAUUACUAUGGAUGUUGCUCAGACAGACAAACCUGUUGAGACUAAAAUUUCUGAUAAAGUCCAUUUUGAAGAGUUAACAGGUCUGCUUGAGAAAAUAAAGAAAGCUCAAGGAAUUGAGAAAAAGAAGCAGAAUUUGAGGCUAUUUCUUGAUCAAUGGCGACAAAAACAUAAGGAACUGCAUAAAGGCAAGAAAACUACUGAUUCAUUUUACCCAGUGAUGCGGCUUUUACUUCCUCACCUGGAAAAUGAACGUGUUGCUUAUGGAAUCAAAGAACAUACAUUUGCAAAACUUUUAAUUAAAGUAUUAUGUCUUGGGAAAAACAGUCCAGAUGCUUCUAAACUUCUAAAUUUUAAUACUAAAAGAGAAGCUAACAAUGAUUUUGCCAGUGUAGCCUACUAUGUGCUGAAGAACCGUUGUCCCAAAAAUGGUAACCUGAGUAUCUCAGAUGUGAACAAAUGUUUGGAUGAUAUCGCAGUCUCCAAUACUAGCAAGAAACAUGAUGUUGUACAUGAAACAAUGCUUCACCUUUUGCGCAACAUGACUGCCAUUGAACAGAAGUGGUUGAUCCGCAUGGUAAUGAAGGAACUAAAAGUUGGUUUGAGUCAAAAUUCCAUAUUUGGUGUAUAUCACCCUGAUGCUGAAGAGAUGUUUAAUGUGAACAAUAAUCUUGAAAAGGUCUGUUUACAACUAUCAGAUCCUAACAUCAGAUCUCAUGAGAUUGCCAUUUCAUUAUUUACUCCAUUUUCACCAAUGUUAGGAGAAACUGCUCACCCAAACAAGAUUUCUGAAGUAUUGUCUGGGAAGCCCUAUUUGAUUGAGACUAAAUUUGAUGGUGAAAGGAUACAGCUUCACAAACAAAAUGAUGACUAUAGUUACUUCUCUCGAAAUGGACAUAAUUAUUCAAAAACAUUUGGAGCAUCUGCCUUUCAAGGCACCAUUACACAAUACAUUCAUGAGAGCUUUCUUCCUGGUAUCCAUUCCUGUAUCUUAGAUGGAGAAAUGCUUGGAUACAACUCAGACACUGGCGAGUUUGGAACCAAAGCCAAUCAUUAUGAUAUCAAAUCAGCUGACAGCGGUGAUUACAACCCGUGUUUCAUAGUCUUUGAUAUUCUAUUGCAUAACGAUAAAGUCUUGACAAAUUUACCAAUCACAGAGCGCCUACCAUACAUACGAGAGACCAUUGCACCCAUCAGUGGUAGAAUACAGAUUAGUCACUAUAAAAAAGGUGUAUCCAAGGCUGACUGCAUUGAAGCCUUGAACAAGGCAAUCGAUGACCGAGAAGAAGGAAUAAUGAUAAAGGACUGUGAAUCAGUGUAUCGGCCCAAAGCCCGACGAGAGGGAUGGUUCAAGGUAAAACCAGAAUAUGUUGAUGGUUUGAUGGAUCAACUUGACUUACUGAUUAUUGGUGGCUACAGAGGCACAGGACAUCGGUCCGGACUAAUGUCUCACUUCCUCCUUGCUCUUGCAAAGUCACCUAAAGAUGGUGAAAAACCAAAUAUAUUUCAUUCUUUCUGUAAGGUUGGGUCAGGAUAUACAAAAAAUGAAUUAACUGAACUCAAUGAAAAAUUAUACAAACACUGGAAAAAGAGUGAUGAAAACCCACCCAAGUCAAUUGUUUUGGCACCUGGAUUCAAAGAGAAACCAUCUGUUUGGAUUGAACCUUCUAAAUCAUGUAUUGUACAGGUAAAGGCAGCAGAAAUUGUAUCAAGUGACAAGUUUCAAACUGGUUGCACCCUCCGUUUCCCUCGAGUAGAGAAGAUUCGUGAUGAUAAAUCUUGGUUUGAAUGUAUGACAACUAGGGACUUGGAAGACCUGAAACAGAAAUCAGGAGGUAAACUGUCCAACAAAUUAGAUGAAAAUGUGGAUGAUACAACACCUGUCAAAAAGAAGAGAACAGUGGCGCCCAAAGUAGAGAAAAAAGGAGUGAUGGAGAGAUUCAAACCUUCUGAUACCUCUCAUGUGAAAAUGGUACACAAUAUCUUUGAUCAAAAGGACAUCUGUGUAGCGAAUGGUCCAAAGCUUUGGGACAAGGCUAAACUAGAGAAACAUGUAGUGCAGUAUGGAGGACAAAUUGUACAGAACCCAGAUUCCCAGACAUACUGUGUGUUGGCUGACAAGAAGACUUACCAAGUGAACCAUUAUAUCAAAAGUAAUAUUUACAACAUCAUUAAUGUCAGCUGGUUUUUAGAUUGCAUUGAAAAUAAAAAGCUGCUUCCUUGGACUCCCAAAAAUAUCAUCCAUGCAACAAAGGCCACAAUUGCUAAGAUAAGAGAAGACUUUGAUGAGUAUGGAGACAAUUAUACUUAUCACUCAACAUAUCAGGACUUGAAAGAUGUCUUUUCUACAAUGCAAUUGGUAAGAGACUAUUUCUUUGGUUGUUUGAACUAAUCAUAUAUUCAGCUACUCCACCUCAACUAUGCUUUACCCCAGUUAUAUGGAGUUAACCCUUUAGCAUUGGCUAGAGAAUACAUUUCUUGCAUAACAUGCUCAACUUAGAAAAUAUUCCCAACAGAUUUGGUAUCUAUUUCCAAUAGCUAAAUGAACUUUUGAGUCAGAAAGAAUUUCAGUUUAUUGCAAAAGUAUACACUAAAACAUGUAUAGAUUUGAACUUAAGAUCUAUAACUUGAAAUAUCCAGUAGGAUAUACAUUCAGCACUUCAAUAUGAGCAUUAGUUUUGAAAGAUCAGCUUAAGUUAUAGUUGUAAUGGUCUUUGAAGUGGUUGUCAUUAGCAAAUCAGUGUUAAAAAACCAUUCCUGCAUUUUAUUUUCCUUGACAGUUCACUGUAUUCUUGAAGCUAUUUAUAUUAUUGGUUUCAAUAUUAAAUGGUGGUUGUUUACAGCCUUAUUAAUGUUGUGCUAUGUCACCUUUUGCUGGCUUAACUGUGUAUAGAUAUCUAAACUAUCUUAAGAGCAGUUACAAGCUUACCAUUCCAUGGGAAUGUUAGUUUGCAGUGCCAAUGCAAAUCUUUCUGCAUUUUCAAAUGGGUUGAAACUCAAACUAGACUAUUAUUAAAGUUGUACUGGGCUCCUACCUAGACAGAGGAUUGAACAUUUCUUACCAUUACUAGUUCCACUCAGUUAAGAAGAGAGAGAGCAACUGAUAAAGUAUAAGACUAACAGAAGACUUUAUAUAAUUGACGGCUUCUUUUUCUGAUUAGAUGUAUUCUAUUCACAUAUCCAGUCUGGAGUAUAACUUUCAGAGAAACUUCCACAGAAAUUGUUCAUUGACUCUUGUAAUGUGAACUUAUUUAACUGAUGCACUUGUUAUGCUCUACAUCUCAUUUUAACCCUUUAGCAUUCAGAUUACUCUGUUAGGUAACUUAUUUAUUCACAUUAUUUUCAAUUAAUCAUGCAUUACAUCAUAACUUCAGGAUUUUGAUGACGUGAUUUUUUUUGACAUUGUAGGUAGGUGUGAGAGACCAGAUAUGGCCAGUUUAAAUGCUAAAGGGUUAAACAUGAAAUGUUAUAAACCAAAUAUAUAUUUGUACUGUUGUAUAACUGCAUAUUGUGGCUUCUGCACAUAUCUACUAGUAAAGUACAAAUUUUUUUUU